AGAUUCAAAAUUUAUUUCAUUUGUAAAUGAAGAGUAAUUUACUCUGUUAAGCAAUUUUAGGAUUUAAAUUUUUUUUUUUAUUAUUUAUUUGUUAUUAAUUAAUUUAUUUAUUUUUACUCAUGGGCUACACUACACAGAAUCUUGUUAGGAACUUUUUUUUCACAGCAAUAAAUCACACCUUCAAAGGAGAUGCUAUUAAUAGAGCGAUAAGAUUAAGAUUAGGGCAGUAAAAUCUCAAUGUGUCAUACUGAUGCAGACAAUCAGACGCCUUUUUUCCUCCUGCCUGUCACCACAUGGAUCAGGAGUUCAGGUCACAUUCAACAGGAAGCCUGGCUGACAUUUCUCCAAAGAUUGAGUGGAAACAGAAAAAAGGUAGAUAUAUACUAUAUGUUAUAUAUACAUAUAUAUUACUAUAUGUUUCUAUCAGUAAAUCUGAUCAGAGGGUCUUCUGAAAUAUAUUCUCCUGUUUGUUUAGCUUAAAAAUGGCAGGACAUUCCUUUUCUGAAUGGAAUGGUACAUCCCAAUCAGAUAAAUGAAGCCCAGGUGGAGCUGGUGGUUGUGGGUCAUUGAGUGUCCUACCAGUUUUCACAAACCCUUGUUUGAGAAAACAGCACAAAACCUGGCAACUGUUUUUAAAGAUGGGUGAACAGUUGCAAAGUCAAAACACAUACGUUUGCUCUUUUUCUGAUUGCAACGCCACAUUUAGGAAGUCGUGGAAGUUAGAGGCUCAUCUGUGCAAACACGCUGGAUUGAAACCAUUUUCCUGUGAGAGCUGCGAGAAGAGUUUCUGCGCUCGCUAUGAGCUCACCAGGCAUGAACGAGUGCAUAGCGGUGAAAAACCACAUAAGUGUCCCAUGGAUGGAUGUUUGGAGGCCUUUGGGAAAAAUGUCACCAUGAAGAACCACAUAACUCGAGUCCACCAGCACCAGGAAGACAGAUAUAAAUGCGACUAUGAAGGCUGUGAAAAGGAUUUCAGCAAGAAGAAACAACUAAAAGCUCACAAGUGUGAACAUGGAGAACCAUUGGCUUUUCACUGCACAUUCAACGGAUGUGGGAAAGACUUUCCCAGUCGAGAGAAACUGAAGCAUCACGAGAAAGUUCAUCAAGGUUACCCCUGCAGCUUUGACCUGUGUCCUACCCUGAGUAAAACAUGGACUGAAUAUCUGAAGCACAGAGCCCAACACAGAGAGAAGCUCGUGUGUGAAAAGUGCAAUAGACUCUUCAACAACACCUGGUUUUUGCACCUGCAUGAGCUGCGUGCGCACUCUGGGGAGAAGAGGUACUUCCUGUGCCCCAGAGAGGGCUGUAACAGGAAGUUCACCCGCCGUGUCAAACUGGAGAGUCAUGUACUGGGAGACCAUGAAGGGAAGAAACCCUUCUCCUGUGCAUAUCCUGGCUGUGGGAAGAGCUUUGCCUUGAAGGAAAGCUUAUGGCGACAUGGUGUGGUUCACAACCCUGCAAAAAGAGAGCUGAAGAAACGGAAGCCUAAAAAGGACAAGCCCUCGCAGGUUGCACAGGAGGCCACCCAGUCGGCUGCAGAUGAUCAAGAAACCGGCAAGCUUGCUGCAAAGCUGCACAGUACAACUCUGGAGGAAAACGUAUCUUGAAUCUUACUCGUUAGUCUAGGGGUGACCUUUAAUUGGGGAGCAUUCAUAUACUUCCUACUGAUUCUGAAAGUGUGAAUAAACCCCCCAUAUCAAAGCAUAACAAACAGUCUUCCUACACCUCUUUUGUGCUAAAGCUACUAGUCCAAGCCAAUGUAUGGGUAGCUAUUGCUACUAUUGUAGAAAUGAUAAAAAAAUAAUAAUUGUAUGCUCUUGCUGAGAAUAAAGGGGUCAAAAUUAAA